GAUCAGCUGUUCAGUGAAAAUUUUCAGACGCUGUUUUUUCGCUCCACAUUUUUGCAAUUUUCACCCACAAAUACCCCACAGAAUGCCAGGAAAAGUGAAAGUGAAGGUUCUAGCAGGGCGGAACUUGCCCGUGAUGGACCGGAGUAGUGACACAACGGAUGCAUUUGUGGAAUUGAAGCUCGGGGGCAUCACACACAAAACUGACGUCUUCCGGAAAAGUCUCAAUCCCCAGUGGAAUUCUGACUGGUACAGAUUCGAGAUGGACGAUGCUGAGCUUCAGGAUGAACCCUUGCAGAUCCGCCUCAUGGAUUAUGACACCUACUCGGCCAAUGAUGCCAUCGGGAAGGUGCACAUCUGUCUCAAUCCCUUGCUGAUUCCCAGCGCAGCUAUUGAUCCGUCUGGGCAAACCAGUGGCCAUGGGAAGGGUUCAAUGAUGUCCGGAUGGUUCCCAGUGUUUGACACCAUGCAUGGUAUUCGCGGAGAGGUGAAUCUCAUCGUGAAAGUUGAUCUAUUCUCGGAUGUCAAUAAGUUCCGGCAGAGUUCCUGCGGAGUUCAGUUUUUUCAUUCUCCCAACAUACCUCAUGGGUAUCAUGCACCCGGCAUUCAUGGAUUUGUCGAGGAGUUGGUGGUGAAUGAUGAUCCGGAGUAUCAAUGGAUUGAUAAGAUCAGAACUCCCAGGGCUUCCAAUGAAGCCCGGCAAGUUGUCUUCCUUAAGCUAUCCGGAGAGGUCCAGCGGAAGAUCGGGUUGAAAGCUCUGGACAUGGGAGCGAAUGCAGUGAUUGGGUACAAGUUGUGCUUGGAUCUGGAGGGAGAUGUGGGUGUUGUUGCACGUGGAAUAGGAACUGCUGUGACACUGAUUAAGAUCCCAGAUGCUCCACCACCGCAAGUGGCAGAUUCUGCCCUCAUCGAAGAGAAUGAAGUCCCAUCAGUCAGUGGAGCUGCUCCAGCAAGUCCGGGAGUUAAGACACCUUCAGCCGGACACACCAGGGCUGAAUCCACGGGCUCCCGGAUAACCCAGAGCCCAGCAAAGACUGCAGCAUCAGCUGUGCCAGGUGCCAACAAGGAUUCCGGCAUCUAUCGACGAUCCUCAGAUUCAGAUCUCAGUGUUACGCCCAAAGGAAACUCCCUGACUUCGUGCGAAAGAGGAACUCCCGCCAUUACGAGAGUUGUAGGGGCUACAAUGAAGAAUGCCAAUACAGAUAAUCUCGACAUGUUGGAGUAUCCUUUUCUCACUUUGGAUAAAUAUCCUCCGGGAUUUAUAAUUCACUUGGGGUCAGCUGUAUGCUCUCGCUCAGUGAAGUUGCUUGAACGAGUACCAAAUCCCGAUGAGCCAGAAAAUCGUGACAGUUGGUGGACGGAGUUGAGAAUGGAGAUUCGAUCUCAUGCUCGAGCUUUGGGAUGCAAUGUUGUCUUGGGAUAUUCUGAGACUACGACAAUCACUGAGGAUGUUUGUGUGCUGUCAGCAACGGGAACUGCUGCCCUCAUCAAUUUUCCGUAUUCUAGUGAACAGCCUGUGCGGAUGACUUCGUCCCUGGACAGAGUGGAAUUUGAGAAGGAUGUCAAGGAGGGAAUUAAAGAGCUAAAGAUUGCCGGUUCAACAGCAAAGAUCAUUGAGGGAGUGGCUAGUAAGCCAAUUGAGGAAGUUCCUGAGAGUGGAAGUGAAAAGGAUACUUCCGGAACUAUUCCUCCGGUAAAUCCCAGCACAGUCGCUUGUUCUCUCUUACAUCUGCCAUAUGCUGCAAAUUCUGUUCCCUUCAGCGUCAGCCUGGACAAUUGCACACUGUGCAGGAGAGGGAAGGUACCCAAUGUCUUCCUGGCCACAAUUGAGAUUCCGGAAUCCCUACAGAUCACUGGAAGGGGAUGUUUGGUCCAGGCACAGGUUUGUCGUCAGAAGCGGGAUCUCAAGGGAGAGUCCAAUGCCAAAGAGAUCUCCGAUGGACUUCCCUUCCUGGAAUACGAACUCUACCGGGUGCUGAUCAACAAGAUGAAGGUCAAAGGAAUGAAUGCCAUUUUCGGGCUGAAGUGCUCAAUAGCUGUUGGAGAGAAGAUGAUGACAAUUGUCGCCACAGGAACUGCUGUCUACUUAACAGCUCUCCCAGCGGCUGUUCUGCCCAAAAUUGUCGGAGCUGUGCAAUCUUCGUCGAAUCCGGAGAAGCUCAAUGAGAUCCAGCGUACAUUGCAGGAUACAAUUGAGAAGAAUCGAGAGAUUUAUCAAUUGAAAUCCUUCGGAGAAAUUGAUCCAAGACCACUAUCCGAAAGCGAAGAGAGUGACGAUGAACUGGCCGAGAUGGAUCUCAAUGUGGGCAACAAAGAUGCGUGUAUUCUGGAAGUAGAUGACAUCGAUGAUUUGGAAGUUAUUUCACUGCUAAUGGAGCCCUGUCCACCGGAAGGUUUUCACGUGGUCAACACUCAGACAGUUCCUGGUUUGCUGGAUCUGGAAGUUGUGAGGAAUCUACAGUACUUUGCCCAAGUCUGGCGGGGGCACAUCAAUCAGCAGAGUCAUCUGGCUAAGAAUCUUCAGCGUCUCCUGCAAUGCAUCUACUACAAACUUCGCAGCAUGAUUCCGUGUGCCAUUUGCGAUCUGCGCUUCACAAUUGAUCUUCCGGAAGCGGAUUGGAUUCAGGUUCUGGUGACAGGAAUGGCCCUGGGACUUGGGGAACCGACGAAAAUCAUCAAGAACAAGCGGAGGCUCCUAUCAAAUUCUACGAGCAAAGAUGGCAUCAAGAAAGUUGAGGACGAGUUAAUCUUCAAUCUGGAAGAUGAUCAUGUCUUUGAGACAAUUGCACCCUCAGCUUCCGGAGUUUCCCAGAGUCUGACUCAUACUCCAACAACGCACAAUCCUCCUGGUCCUUUCUCGCAAACUGGAUCCUUGAAGUUGAGGAACAAGUCUCCCACAAGAGGGAAAGCUCCGAAGCUCUCAAGACAUAUGCCUCUGAGGGAGCGAUAUGGAGUAGACGUGACGCCGUUGAGUUACGUUCCUGGUGGUCGGAUUGACAAAUAUCUGGGAAAUCUCAAUUUCUUCUUCAUCCGCGAGAGUACAUCGAUUCGGGAAAAUGGAGGAAUUUGUGGAUUUGUCCAUGGGUUUAUCACUGAGCUUCUGGCUGUGGUUAGAGCUCAUGUGACUGCCCUGGGUGGAAAUGCCAUUGUUUCAUUCUACAUGACUGAACUUCUGCUCAAUGAGAGCAUCCACAAAAACCAGGGCCAGAGUCUGAUCAGUGUUGGCGGAGAUGUUGUCUUUGUCUCUUAUUAUGCCGAUGAAUGAACUUCCGUUGUGCCGGGAGUGAAUGUUGAGUCACAAAAUAGAGUGGAUUAGCUAGUCUGUAAGAUGCAAUCUUCCUCUGUAGGUAUUUUUCCUUCUCAUUUUGGAUGUUUCUCUGAAUGAGAGGAUGUUUUGUUUUUAUUGUCGUUUUGUCGACCCAAUUGACUGUUCAGAAUAUUAUUACUGUGUACCUUUAUAGUCAAAUAUCUGCAAAAAAAUAUUAAAUAAAUAGAAAAAAAAGAUUUUCUGCAAAAAA